CUGAGUCAGAAGAGCUGCUUAGUGAAGAAUUUGAAGAGGUUUCGGAAGCAGUUAGAAGCAGGAAAGCUUGAGGCAACAAAAUGUGCCUUUAUCCUGAAGACUUUCAGAAUGCCUUCGGAGUACCAUUUGUUUGUGUAAGAGUUUUGCAAGAAUCCUGGCAUCACUUGGAUUAUGAAACCGGGCUCCACGUGGAUGAUUGAGCAGCUCAGACAGUGCUCGACCGUCAAGUGUGGGGCAGGGUCAGCGGACGUUCUCUGUGUGGACAUGGACAAUGCCUUCAUCCAGAGCCUCCCAAGCGUUCAGAAGGGGAUUAGCAGUGACAAUCACUGCUUUGAGCUCUAUGGCUGUGACAUCCUGGUCCAUCAAGAUCUGAAAAUCUGGAUUCUAGAGGUGAAUGCUUCCCCUUCCCUCACCACCAGUAGCCAGGAGGACUGUGAACUCGAGUGUCAACCUCUCAAAGACAUGCUUCGUAUUGUGGACAGGGAGGGCAGGCAGAGAAUUGCUGAUGAGAAGUGUGUUGGAGGCUUUGACUUGAUACAGAAUGAUGGGCCUGUCAGCAGAGCAGGAGACCCGGGUACCGCGGUGAAUGAGAAUGUCGUGGCACACACACGACUCAACUUGGUGUGCCUACGCUCACCUCUGGCUGUAGUUUCUAACUAA